AUGCCAGCCCCAUACAGCCAAGAUCUACACUGGAGAGCAAUUUUCUUAGCCGAAAUAUUAGAUCUUGAAUUAGAACAAGUAAGUUUUUACCUGCAAAUAUCACAGUCAACAAUAAAACGUUAUGUAAGAAAGUUCAGAGAAAUAGGAAAUGUUAAUACGGCUAUCAUCGGCCGGCCAUACAAUUGCAUAUCGAUGCAUCCUCACGAAGAGCUUGUGAUCAUGGAGAUGGUGCAGCAAUACCCUGAAAAAACCAUUGCCGAAAUACUGGACAAAGUCUACGAGGAAACAGGAUCGCAAAAUGCGUGCUCGACUCUGCACUAUUAUUUGAAGAGGAAUGGCAUAACUCGAAAGAAGGUUGGUAAAUAUGCAAGGGGGCAAGGCAUAACUCAAUAUUAUUUUUAAAAUGAAUUCUACGGAAAUACCUGCAAACUAACAGCAUCGUACAAUCCGACUUUUAAUUACAGCUUACCAAAAUUGCACAACAGAGAUCUGAAGAUGCAAGAGCAGAAUUUCGUGCUUCAACAUGUUUACUCCCCCCAGAAAUAUUCGUUUUUUUAGAUGAAAGUGGCUUUGUAAGUUUAACGACAUUUGCAUUUUUUAUGGGCAAUAAUUUCAACAUGCGGUUAACGGAUAUAUUAAUGCUGUCUUAGUAUACAAUUCAUUUCCUUAAUUAUUCUUGAAUAUUUCCACAGGAUAAGCGAAUCAUGCGAACAUACGGCUACAAUUUGUGUGGACAACCAGCAAAAAUAUAUCGCCGGCAUACACACUGGGGUCCGCGCAUAACAGCAAUUCCAGUGAUAUGUAUGGAAGGCCUUCUAGAUGUUGGUGUCUACCGAGGACACGUAGAUGGCGAAACAUUCCUUGCAUUUGUCAACAAUAUCCUUGCGCCAUGCCUGCUGCCGUUUAAUGGUUAUAAUCCACGUUCCAUUGUCAUACUUGGUACUGUAAAUCACUAUUUUGCUUAUACAGAAUACUGUGUAAAAUUUAAAUUUUUCAAAGGUAACUAACUUUUUUAUUCAUCCAGAUAACGCUGCAAUACAUCACACACAAGAAGUUAUUGAUGCUAUUAAUGCCACUGGGGCAUUGUUAAUAUUCUUGCCAGCUUAUUCGCCCGAUUUCAUGCCUUGUGAAGAGCUAUUUGCACAGACCAAAAGCUACAUUCGUCAAAACGACAUCGCAUGGCAAAAUUGCCCCGAUCCAGAACUGAUGGUAUGGGAAUCAUUUCUCCAGUGCACAGAUGAAGAAAUAAGAAACUACAUACAUCAUGCUGGCUACAUGUGA